AUGGACAAGGUAACUGCAGACCUUCCUGCUCAAUUCGUAUCAACAGCUGAGUGGAAUCUACCUACAGAUAUCUUUCUUGCUGAUCCUGCUUUUAACAAAAGUCAGCCGAUAGACAUGCUGCGUGAAAAUUUACCUCUGCUGGUGGAUAGCGUGUUCGGCUGGGUUGUAGCUGGGUCGGCUGGCUUAGCAUCUUCGACAUCCCAGCAACCUUCGUGCAGCGUAGUGGCCGUGUCGAUGAUAACGCUAGAGGAAAGCGUCGAGCGCUUUUGGAAGACAGAGGAUCUGGCCACCACUGACAACUAUUCAGUCGAGGAGCGGCGAUGCGAAUCUUUCUUUACGUCUACGGUCGCGAGAACCCACGAAGGACGAUACAUGGUUCGUCUACCUCGCAAGCCAGAUUUCGCCAUCAUGCUAGGAGAGUCUGAGGCAACCGCUCGACGUCGUUUCGAGCUUUUGGAGCGCCGUUUGCAACGAGACUCUGAUCUGAAGGCAGAGUACCACAAAUUUAUGAGGGAAUACCUCGAUCUCGGACACAUGAAGCCGGUCAAACCGAGAAGCAGUGACGACACGGGUUGCUACUACCUUCCCCACCAUCCCGUUUUCAAGGAUUCAAGCACGACGGCUAAGGUUCGGGUUGUGUUUGACGGAUCGGCGAAAACCUCUACUGGCUUCUCUUUGAACGAAUCCCUCUGCGUUGGCCCUGUGGUUCAGGAUGAGUUGAUUGACACAAUUCUACGGUUUCGAACCUACUCGAUAGCCCUUGUCGGUGACAUCGCUAAAAUGUAUCGGCAAGUAUUGGUACAUCCCGAUGAUACUUCUUUGCAGCGCAUUCUGUGGCGUUUCUCAGCUGAUGAUCCCAUUCAGAUCUACGAGCUUCUGACGGUAACCUACGGGUUUGCUCCUUCCUCGUUCCUCGCCACUCGUACGCUUCAGCAGUUAGCGAAUGACGAAGGAGCGCCGUACCCAUUCGGCAGUAAAGCGUUGCGUAAGAAUUUUUAUGUAGACGACUUCAUCGGUGGUGCGCAGACGGUCGAAGAAGCCAGCAAGCUUCGUACAGAGCUAGGCGAGUUGUUGGCAAAGGGUGGAUUCGAUCUGCGGAAAUGGACGUCGAACCGGCUCGAAGUGCAGAAAGGAUUGCGAGAGGAUCAAAUAGGCAAGCAGUCUACGAUAGAAUUCGUUCCCCACGAAACCAUCAAAGCGUUAGGCAUCAAUUGA